GUUUGUUUGGCAGGAAGGAUGAGGGGAUGGGGUGCUAGUUGUAGUUGCACAAGGAGCAAUGUUACUAACUGUCAUUUGUAAAGAUGAUGAUGUGAAAUGCCACUGGGCAGUAAUGACUUACUACAAUUUACAAAGUCAAAACUCCUGUAUGAUGUCUCAUACAUGUACAUGAUUUUCAUCUUCAGUACCACAUUAUCAACAUAAGAUUCAUUUUCAAACUCCACACUAUAUUACAGUCCAGGCAAUAGUAUUACUCAUUAUGAAAUCCAUAACCCAACCACAAUGCCUGGUCAGAAAUCAGUAAAUCAGCAAAGUUGGCCACAAGAUGUGGGUAUUCUUGCCUUGGAGAUAUACUUUCCAGCACAGUAUGUGGAGCAAAAUGAAUUGGAGGAGUUUGAUGGAGUGUCACAAGGAAAAUACACCAUAGGUCUUGGACAGCAGAAAAUGGGAUUUUGCUCCGACAGGGAGGAUAUUAAUUCAUUAUGUCUGACUGUAGUACAGCGCCUCAUGGAGAGAAACCAGGUUUCAUAUCAAGAUGUAGGCAGACUUGAAGUGGGGACGGAGACUGUCAUAGACAAGUCUAAAAGUGUCAAGACAGUGUUGAUGCAGCUGUUUGAAGACAGCGGGAAUACCAGCAUAGAAGGAGUGGAUACUACUAAUGCAUGCUAUGGAGGCACCUCUGCAUUGUUUAACUCUUUAAAUUGGAUAGAAUCCAGUGCAUGGGAUGGUCGUUAUGCCAUAGUAGUAGCUGGGGAUAUAGCAGUCUAUGCUACAGGGAAUGCUCGUUGUACAGGAGGGGCUGGGGCUGUGGCUAUGUUACUGGGAUCUCAUGCACCUCUGGUGUUUGACCGAGGUUUGCGUAGCACGCACAUGCAGCAUGUUUACGACUUCUACAAGCCUGAUAUGUCCUCCGAAUACCCCGUUGUUGAUGGGAAGCUCUCCAUACAGUGUUACCUAGGUGCCCUGGACAGAUGCUAUCAAACUUACUGUCAGAAAGCCGAGGCGUGUUUAAAACAAGAGAACCUUGGCUCCCAUUUUUCUCUAGACAGCAGUGCCUUCUUUGCCUUCCACACACCCUACUGUAAACUGGUUCAGAAGUCACUGGCAAGGCUGAUGCUCAAUGACUUUCUCAGGGACCCAGACGCAGGGGCCAAUCCUAAAUAUUCAGGUUUAGAAGCUGUGAGGGGAGUAAAACUUGAAGAUACUUACUUUGACCGUGAUGUGGAAAAGGCCGUUAUGGUGGCCAGUCAGUCUUCGUAUAAGGAGAAGACAGAACCCACUUUGUCUGUAGCUAAACAGGUUGGCAACAUGUACACCCCUUCUCUUUACGGAGGACUGGCAUCCAUUUUAGGAAGCUACUCCUGCAGUGAGCUAGCAGGCAAGAGGGUGACUCUGUUCUCCUAUGGCUCUGGCCUGGCUUCUUCCAUGUUCUCUCUACACUUCUCAGAAGAUGCCAGUCCAGGAUCCCAGCUAGAAAGGGUGUGUUUGUCCCUCUGUGAUCUCCAGGAAAGACUAGAUUCUAGGAAAAAGAUGCCACCCGCUGAUUUUGAUAAGAUGAUGAAGCUUAGGGAGGAAACUCACCACAAAGCUCCAUACACCCCAGUAGGUGAUGUGGAGGCAUUAUUCUCAGGAACAUGGUAUCUCACAGAGGUAGACAGUAAACAUCGCAGGAAAUAUGAACGCAAAGCUCUAGCACAAGCCACAAGCAUUCCAUCUUCUCCUGUAGCAGCUGCACCCCCAGUGUCUGUAAAAGGGCUUCCCACAGCAUCUGCACAAGCUGUUGCUGCCUCUACAACUUCAAAUUGACAUAAGUUAAAUUUCUAGGAAAAAAGCUCAAAUUAAGACCUUUAUACUUCUUUGCUUACAUUCAUAAUAUAUAAAAAUUCAGUAUUGGUUUUAAUCAAUUUUAGUAUGGAGUUAUAUAACUAAUAUUUUUAUGACAACUUAUGUUUAUGCUCCGUAGGCAAAAUUAGGUUGAUGUAGCAUAUGUGUUGGUGCAUAUAUGUAUAUUACAAUAAUAAUAAAUAUUAAACAGGGGUGGACAGUAAAUUUACUGAUUUUGUGAAGUUUUUAUUCACAGACAUCUCACAUACAUAAUAUGUCAAAAUAGUGAAAAUGCCAAACUAAUUUGUAUUGUUUUGUUUGUUAAGAAUUUUUUUAAGUUUUCCAUUGGUUUUGAUAUUGCUUUGUGAGUCACUUUUGUAUAGCAUUUAAAUAUUAGCGUAUACAAUUAAAUGUGUCACAUCUCUUUUGAGGUCACAUGUUUUUCUUGUGUGUUGAAAUGGAGAAUGUUCAGCAUUUAGAAUAUUUCAGAAUUUCUUAUGUACCAUAGCAUCACUAAGUUGAAACUGACAAGUUUUAAAAACUUUUUAUGUCCGAUUGUAUGCUGAUAAAAACUACUAUAGAGCAGUAAGAGAUGUGAUAGAGCCUCAAUAUGUUCAGUGAUUUUAGCACCUCGUGCAAACUGAUUUGGGGAUUAUUUGUCUAAUUCAAAUGGGGUUUGAAUUAAGUUGCCUGUACGCAUUUAUGCUGAAGUGUAUGUAUGCAACAUUUGUGAUUUCUAAAAUGGAUGGAAAUAAAAUAUUUUUAUUAAAAGAUA